CCUAAAAUAAAUUUUUGGACUGUUGAUGAGUAUAGAUGCGCCGCACCAUACGCGCGAAAUAUAAAUAACACAGUCACCUGCCACGAGUUCUGUGUAACAUAUCACAUAAUAUAUAUCAAUACGUCGAACUACACGUCGAUACUCGAUAGUCGACGCGUCUUUCUGUAGGUAGCAAUGUCUGUCCUAACGACAAAAAUGACGAAUUCGAUUUCUCCAAAAGUGAAUUUUUUUAUCAGGGAGGAAAAGUGCACGCCGGUGGAAUUUUUUAAGAAAUUUAAUUACACAGCAAAGAGCAAGGGUGUCUCGGAUUGGUGCUCCUCGCUCAGUGCAAGCCUCGCACUUAGCAAUGAUGAAAAACUAGUCGAACUUGAACAAAAGUACAAUAAUGGUCAUUACACGAGAGCAAUCGAUGAUUAUUUUCUAUCGAAACAAUCUUCUUGCGUUCUCAAUAAGGAGAAGGCUUCUAUCGAUAAGACAUUAACCAAAAGAACAAGCAAAGCAAUCCGAAGUCGCAUAGAAGAUCUCCUUCCGGAGGAAACUGGCUCGAAGAAACCUCGCCUCAUGGAGUCACAACAGAAUGAUGAUAGUUCGAUAUUAAUGUCAGCGGACCCGAAAAUAAAACAAGAGUUUCCUGGUUCGUGUUCAUCAACAUCUGGUCCGUCUCCCAAACCUCAUCUUGAAGAAGAUAUCGAGUCCAAAUAUUACGAUGCUGGAAAACGUCAUAAAAUUCAUAUAUUAACUAAAAUGAUUACGCGCUUUUUCAGUGGAUUUUCGAAAAUCACAAUCUCUCCAACGAUUUUCGAAAUUUUCAACAAAAAACAAUUAAACAAGUCAAGGAAAAUUCGUAUUUAUGUUAUAAAAAAGAUAUUCAUAAAAUUCU